AGAUCAAGAAAAUCUCCUUUUUAAAAAGAAAUCAACGGUGUCUCACUUUGUACAUGAUCUGCUUUGAUGCGGGUACGCAUCCUUUCCCUUCUCCCCCCCUUUUCUCCUCCUUCAUCUGUCCUCAUCGCAGCCUUUUUCUCUGCGCGCCGCACAUUUUAUCCGAGCACCAAGCAAAAAGCAGCAGCAGCAGCAGACAAUUAUCCACACACAGAGAACAUUGUGCCGAGGACGCUCCGGUCAGUGACAUCUGAGAGAAAGAGAGAGGCAGACAGAGAGGGGGGGAGAGAGAGCGAUUCUACUUGGCACACAGCGCCCCUGUGGCAGUGAGACUUUGACUGACUGGCUGUCUGACGGAGGAUUCUGGAGGACAACGCAGCUCUUCUAAUCCUUUUCACACCUUUUUUUUUUUUGGCGUCUCGUCUGUCAUCUCGGAGACCUCUGAUGGUUUUCUAGCGUCUCUUCACCGCUUCUUGCCACCUCAGCAUCGGAUUCUGCUUCUUACCCCCGCACCUUUCUUCCCCUCUCUUCUCCUUGACUGGCCGAACCGGGGCUGAUCCCAGCCAACCCGGGCCGGGCCGUGGGGGCUUUUCGGCGAGCCUUGUAGCUGAGAGUCGGGACACCCGAGAUGUGCGCUUCGGGACCAGGGAUCUGGGCUCUCCCCUCGGCGUGGGGAACCUCGGGCUCGUGGCAGUGCUUCUGGUGGUGGGUCGUGGCGGUCGGGGUGACUGUGGGCUCGGGGGACCCUUGGAUGUCCGCGGAGGCAUGCCCCUCGACUUGCUCCUGCAGCAGCACCAGGAUCUCCUGCGUGGACCCGGAGCGAGGGAUCAGCGCGUUCCCCGUCCUGCAGAGCGAGGCGGAGAUGGAGAACAUCACCGACAUCUACAUUGCAAACCAGAGCAGCUUCUCCUCCAUUAAUGACAAAGACCUGUACUACUACAAGAACCUCAGGAACCUUACGGUGACCAACAGCAGGCUGACAUACGUAUCAAAACUGGCAUUUCAGAGCAACUUAAGGCUACAGUACCUGAAUUUGAAAGACAACAACCUGUCGUCCCUCUCCUGGAGGAUAUUCAAGCACCUCAACAUCUCAUAUCUAAUCCUGUCAGGGAACCCUCUACACUGCUCCUGUGAGAACAUGUGGAUCAAGCUGUGGUUGGGAGAGGAAGCAGACACUCAGGAGCUGCGCUGCAUCGAGGAUGGAGGAGCACGCAAGCCGUUGUCAAGACUGAGACUACCGAAAUGUGAGGUUCCAAUGGCAACCCUGACCCCAUCCAAAGUGACCAAAAUGGAAAAGGAUAAUGUUGAGCUCUUCUGUACAACAUCGGGCAUGCCCUCACCUGAGUUGAUCUGGAACAUGGCACUUGUCACAAACUAUGUGAUCGAAACGUCUGGCCAGAUUUCGGUGCUGCGGCUCUCAAACCUGUCAUCAAUGGACCACAACAAGAAGAUCAGCUGCAUGGCUGAAAAUAUCGUUGGAGAGAGAGAAUCCUCUUUGGUGCUGGAUAUACUUUUUGCACCCCAAAUCACAAAACUGAGUGACGCCAUUGCAGACCAUCACUGGUGCAUACCCUUCAGUGUAGCAGCAAACCCAGAACCACGUAUCAAGUGGUACCGGGACAAUGUGGAAGUGACAGAGGGGGAGUACAUCAUGACAAUGAUCCACGACAUCACAGAGAGAGAAUACCACGGCUGCCUCCAGCUGGACAAUCCCACACACAUCAACAACGGGCUGUAUCGCCUAGAGGUUCAAAAUAAAUAUGGCUCAGACGAAAAGGAGAUCACAGCUCACUUUAUGCGCAAGCCAGACGAUGGCGAUGAACCUUCCUACUAUGGUCCUGACGCAGAUGUAACCCCAGAGAAUCCUCCUCUAGACCCACCUGAGGACAGAGUUGCUGUAUACGUAGUCGUGGGAAUUGCUGCUGUAGCCUUCACUGGUUUCUUGCUGAUGCUGGUUAUCCUAAAGUUUGGAGGAAAUUCCAAGUUUGGCAUCAAAGGACCGUCUUCAGUGAUCAGCAAUGAUGACGACUCAGCUUCUCCUCUUCAUCAUGUCUCCAACGGCAGCAACACUCCCUCUUCCUCAGAGAUGGGCCCUGAUGCUGUCAUCAUCGGCAUGACCAAGAUCCCAGUGAUAGAAAACCCUCAGUAUUUUAGGAGCACCAACAGCCUGCUGAAGACUGACACGUUUGUCCAGCACAUUAAGCGACACAACAUCGUGCUGAAGAGAGAACUGGGAGAAGGAGCUUUUGGAAAAGUUUUCCUGGCCGAGUGCUACAACCUUUCACCUGACCAGGAGAAGAUACUCGUUGCUGUCAAGACGCUGAAAGAGGCCAGUGAAAACGCCAGGAAGGAUUUCCAUCGAGAGGCCGAGCUGCUGACCAACCUGCAGCAUGAGCACAUCGUCACGUUCUACGGCGUUUGUGUGGAGAGCGACCCUCUCAUCAUGGUGUUUGAGUACAUGAAGCACGGAGACCUGAACAAGUUCCUCAGGGCUCACGGACCAGAUGCGGUUCUGAUGGCAGAAGGCCAGACCACCAGACCCGUGGAGCUGACCCAGUCUCAGAUGCUCCAUAUUGCCCAACAGAUAGCAUCUGGCAUGGUCUACCUGGCUUCGCAGCACUUUGUGCACCGCGACUUGGCCACCAGGAACUGUCUGGUGGGUGAGAACCUGCUGGUAAAGAUUGGAGACUUCGGCAUGUCCAGAGAUGUUUACAGCACGGACUACUACAGGGUAGGUGUCGGAGGUCAUACCAUGCUGCCAAUCCGCUGGAUGCCCCCUGAAAGCAUCAUGUACAGGAAGUUCACCACAGAAAGCGAUGUUUGGAGUCUAGGAGUCGUCCUCUGGGAGAUCUUCACCUACGGGAAGCAGCCUUGGUACCAGCUCUCCAAUAAUGAGGUGAUCGAGUGCAUAACUCAAGGUCGGGUGUUGCAGCGUCCCAGAACCUGCCCCAAAGAGGUGUAUGAUCUGAUGCUGGGUUGCUGGCAAAGAGAACCACAUAUGAGACUCAACAUUAAAAAAAUCCACGGUCUGCUCCUUAACCUGACCAAGGCCUCACCUGUUUAUCUGGAUAUACUGGGCUGAACAAGAGGAGGAGGAAACGCAGUGUGUGUGUGCAGGCCGUGUCUGGGGAUAUAUUUAAAUGUUUAUGUGCAUUUAAAGUUUGCAUGCAUGUGUAUGUGAGUCAAAGUGGGCACUGGGACACUUCCGAUUGAAGUGUUUGAUGCUCAUGCAGGUGUGUGUGUGUGUGUGUGUGUGUGUGUGUGUGUGUGUAUGUAGGUGUGUAUGCGUAUGCAGAAUGUGUAACUGUACAGGAUGUGAAGCUCACUUUAUGGCAAUCAAAAAAUAUUCCUUCAACUCCUCCCUUCAUCACCUCUUUCCCACCGGCCAACUUCUUCACCUGUGAGCAAUCCGAUUCGUUCUGCUUCUUCACCAAGGAGACUUUUAUCAGGAGUGAUUUAACUUUCAAGCUUCUCACUUCUUCUCAGAUUCUUCUCACUGGGGCUUAACUGAUAAAAUAAACAAACAAACUGAUGAAUAAGACUUGAAAUUAACUGACUUAUCCCUCUGCUGCCUGUAAGACAACAGGCCAUGUUUGAACAUCUGGGAAACUCAAGGCGGAGCAGCGAGAGAAGGAGGAGGAAUUUCUGGAAGCUCCGACCGUUUUGCUUGUAAAUAGGAGACUGAUGGGACACUUCCGGAGAAACGGCUCUGCGAGAUGCCGCGCCGUUAAGACACUGUGUUAUCCUCUUUCGCCCCUGUCUGUCUUUUUUUCUCCGUCUCCCUCUCUAAAAUGAGGAUUACAGUCAGCAGUCAACCAGCAGGACUACAAGCGCAACGAUCGAGACAUCAGUAUGCAUGUGGGAAAUUGAGUGUGACACAACAAUGGCCAGAAAGGGAAAGAAAAGUAAACACAAUCUCCUUCCCUGCCUGUCAGAUGAAAUUAAGAGGUGCGUUGAGGAGAUCAUUUCUGGUUGGCCGAUAUUGCUGAUGCACAAAACAAUCGGUGACAACGCAGCUGCAACCGACUACUGUGGUGAAAAGAGAUUUCAGACACCAUGCUGAGGUACUCACUUACAUGCGUUUGCAUUUUACAACUGUUAUCUGUUGCAUUUUUACUUUCCUCAGGCCUGAGAUGCAAAGUCAUACAGAGCAGAGUAAUACGAUAACUACUCCACCCCGAAACCUCCGAAGCGACAGAUGCUCCACUUGUGAUGUCAAGCGUUUGUGUCGGAGGUCAAUUGAUUCAUUUGUCCGCAGCUGUCCGACAAUCGCAAAAUCACAGAGUUGGGGGGGGGGGGAUCGGGGGUUGGUGGGUGGAGGGAUGGGGGAGCGUAAAGGCUGCUGAGGGAGUUUGGGUAUCGAGUGGUCAGACCAUGGUCAAAUGUGUGGGUGACUGCGCUGUAGAAGGUGUGGUUCAUCUGGUCAACCCCUAUUAAAUCUUCAAAGCUCUCAGCACUCAGACAUUCUUGAAAACCACAUCUGCGUAAGAGGGGAUGCGCACGAGAGCACGCCCACACACAUCUAUCGUGCACCUCAUCCCGUCAUCCCUGCGUUCCCCCCCCCCCACACACACCCACCCCCGCUCACUGAAAGACACUCAAAACGGGCCGAGAAGGAAAUUGAAUUGUACAUGUUUUAUUAUUUGAGCGGUGCAGUGCUUUAGCCGGGCCCCGUCCCCUGUAAUGGUGUAAUGUAUAUUUCAUUACGGCUAAUGGGCUCCAUUAGCACAGUCUCCUCACAGACAUUCAAGACUUAUUGUUUUAUGGCCGAGAAGAAGGGAUGGAGGGAUGGAAAGGUGAAGGAGAAGAAAACAGUUAGGCUCGCCGGAUUUAGGAGCGGCGACGCGUAGGAAUACGGGCAGAUGUAUUAAUGCGUCCUGGAAAGCAACUGAGCGGACUACAGAGGGGAAGCAGGGAAGUAGAAAGAAAGGGACUGGAGACAGACUUGGCAGGAUGAAGGAGGGAGAGAGGUGAGAAUCUCUUCUGGGAAA